AUGGCUCUCAGUUCUAACGUAACCUCUAAAAGUUAUAAUGACACAAAUGGAAGUGAAGUGUUUAAUUCUACUUCGUUAUUGCAAGAAUAUACCAUAAGAGAACUUCAACAGUUUGUAGCUUACAGACCAGUAGCUUGUUCUGUAGGUCUACUGAUCUUACUAAGUAAUAUCACUGUCGUCAUCUCCAGCGGUUUGAUUCUCAAAAAGGGUCAGCAACCGAAAAGUACUUACAUUCUUCUCGGAAACGUCUCGCUUGCUGACACCAUCAUUGGAAUAUCUAUGCUAAUUGGGUUCAGCUUUAAAGAUCCUAUAACAUCGAGUACAUUAUGCUUCAUCGAAUUAGGUAUGUUAGUCUGCCCCGCAAUGGUUUCAAUAUUCAGUGUGGGCCUAAUUGCUGUCGACCGCUAUAUUUACAUCUUACACGGCUUGCAUUACCAGCGCUGGGUCAACACCUCUAAAGUUCGAAUCAGUAUCAUAUUCGUCUGGUUUAUUGGAAUUAUUCUUGGAUUUCUACCCAUCUUUGGACUGCAUAAUCGUGAUGAUAAUGGAAACUGCUACUAUGUUGCAGUUUUCCCAGGACCAUUGGUUCUUCUUAACUCUUUUUUAAGCAUCGUUCCAAUAGCGGUCGUUGCUGUUCUAUACACAAUCAUUUUAAUUAGUGCCCUAAAGAAUGUCAGAAAAAUAAAUGCAUCAAUCAAUCAGGUGCAAUCAGCGAAUUCAACUUCAUUGAGGGUUUACCGAGGUAAUGGGAAUCCUACAAUACAACCGGUCAAAAAUACAAAGCAAUUUAACGUAAGACAUAGUAUAGCAUCAAAUUCAUCUGAAGAAAUUGUUCGUGAUGAUCAAUGUGAUCAAACAAAUAAAUCCAAAAGUUUGAGCGAUCUAAAUAUCAAAAACACAUUAGUAGAUGAUAUGAAUAAAGACAACAGAAUACAAACCAAUCCUCUUCAUAAACAUGUGUCUGGUAAUAGUCUAUGCUCUACUAACGUUAGUGUUACAGAUGGAAGUAACUUCACUAUUGUUACUGAAUCGAAUGAAAUACAUGAAACUAGCAAAAGAGUUAAAAGAAAGGAAGCUACAAAGUGGCGGGCGAUAACUAUUGUAAUGCUUACAAGUGGAAGUUUUAUUUGUACGUGGAUGCCCUUCUUCAUGACUGUUAUAUUCUACGUGCUCUGUGAAGAUAAGGAGAACAACAGAAAAUGCUUACACCUUCGUCUACUACUCGCGGGGCCGUUAGCGGCAUUGGCAUUUUUAAAUAGUGCUUUAAAUCCUUUAAUAUACGCCUGGUGGCAUAAAGGAUUUCAAAGAUAUAUUCGGACACAUUGGAAACGAUUUGCGCAGAGAUAUUUCAAAAAGAGCUUCUGA